UAACAAAUCGCGAUUUGUUGUCACUGGAUACAGUUGCUUUUCCAUCAUUAUUUUGGUUUUAUGGAGAACUGACUCUAAAUCAAAUGUGCAGUUCACAAUAAACUGAUUCCUGAAAUCCUGGAUUAUCCUUCCUCCUCUAGGACGAGGAAAAAGCUUAGGCAAACAGCAAUGAUAUGAUUGGACCAUGAGUCAGUGUCUUGUCGAUUCUCACAAAUAAGGGACAGUAUGGAGAAGUAUGAGAACUUGGGUUUAGUGGGCGAGGGGAGUUAUGGAAUGGUGCUAAAAUGUCGCCACAAAGAGACAGGGCAGAUUGUGGCAAUUAAGAAAUUCUUGGAGAGUGAGGAUGAUAAAAUGGUGAAAAAGAUAGCAAUGCGGGAGAUACGCAUGUUGAAGCAAUUACGGCACGAAAACUUAGUCAAUCUAAUAGAAGUCUUCAGAAGAAAAAAGCGACUCUAUCUAGUAUUUGAGUUUGUCGACCACACUGUGUUAGAUGAUCUCGAGAGGUGUCCAAAUGGAUUGGAUGAACAAAUGGUACGGAGGGUAUUGUUCCAGGUGCUGAAAGGAAUAGAGUUCUGUCAUCUUCAUAAUAUAAUUCAUAGAGAUAUCAAACCAGAAAAUAUAUUAGUCAGUAAAUCAGGCAUAGUCAAGUUAUGUGACUUUGGAUUUGCGCGGACGUUAGCACAGCCAGGAGAGACGUACACAGACUAUGUAGCUACUCGGUGGUAUCGAGCACCAGAAUUAUUAGUGGGUGACACAAAAUACGGCAGAGCUGUUGAUAUAUGGGCCAUAGGUUGUCUUGUAGCAGAAAUGAUGACAGGAGAACCACUAUUCCCUGGUGAUUCAGAUAUAGACCAGUUGUUCCAUGUAGUCAGAUGUUUUGGUAAUCUCUCUCCAAGACAUCGAGAAAUCUUUCAUAAAAACCCUUUAUUUGUUGGUAUGAGAUUACCAGAAGUCCGAGAAGUAGAACCAAUGGAAAAGAAGUUCCCAAGAUUGUCUUCAUUAUCAAUAGAUUUUAUGAAGCAAUGUCUCAGACUAGAUGCCAAUGACCGUCCAACCUGUUCUCAGCUGGUGAAACAUGAAUUCUUCCAAAAAGAUGGCUUCGCUCAACGGUUUAUGUCAGAAAUCAAGUUAAAACAACAAAGAGAGCAGGGCAAUAAUGUGCUGCGGCAGAAUUCUAAUAAAGAUAAGAGUGACGAAAAUAAGGAAAAGGAAAAUGGUGCUAAGAAGAAAAAAUUUGUGAAGAAGCAGGAUGUAGCAAAGGAGACUCGUGACAGUGGAGAAGAAAAAGAGAAACCGCGACGCAAACUUCCCGAGCCGGAAAAGUUCAUCAAGAAACAGCCCGCCCCGGCACCGGUUAAAAAACAUCCUUCAGAAUCUGAUACCCAGGCAGCAGGACAUGAAGCAGCCCAGGCAGAACCAACAACUUGUACGACGGAACUAGAUCUAAAUAAUUCUGGAGGCCAUCAACCGAUGAUGCCCCCAAUCAAUCAGGGGGCACAACCAAACAGUAGUCCCCAGCGGGGAUCACCGACAUUCGGGGCCUCCAUCAACAGUAUAUCUCUGGUUAGUCCUGUGAUCGGCUCUGUCUCCCCUCAGCAUGGAGGACCUCCGCCACUCAGCAGGGAAUUCACUUCAUCGGCCUGGGUAAAUGACAAAGUAAAGAAAGCUCCUGCUGCAAUGUACUACAAGAAACAACCGGCUGCAAACCACCACAGUUCAACAUGCACAAUCAGCCCCCAGCCCUUACAAACAGAGAGGACAAUACUCCACGAGAAGACGUUACAAUACGACAAAAUGGUAAACAGUACGAAUCAUUUUGCGGUCAAGAAACCGCAGAAGCGAGCAUCAGAUGAAAAGAUGGAGAAGAAGGACACUGGUGCGAUCUCACUGCCAGAAAUACAGGGGAAGCUUGCCACGCUUGCUUUGCAGGAUAUGCAGGGAAAUGAACAUGCUAACAAGCCCGCAACCAAAGGGAAGAAGAACUACUUGGCCCAGAUUCCCCAUAUCACCAACAUAGACCCAUUUAGUAACAAUCAGGGUGGCUACCACCGUUCCAAUGAAUAUGAUUGAGCAAUACGUCCAAUCCCGCCUCACCAGAGUGAAAAGCAGACCAUCUCCUAUCAAAGAAUUGAAAAAGGAACGGGUCAUAGUUGGUAGAGCUUGCGGUAUCAGGAAGAACCAAGGCUGAGGCUUUUCUGAGGUGGAUCCGAGUUGAAAUCACAGGAACAUCCUUGAUAUCAGAUGGAUAUGACAACAAUACUGAUUGGUUCUAGGAUGUGAGAAAGCAGUAUCAGUCAUCGGAUGGAGCAAUCUCAUUAUUAAGAAUAUGCAGUGAUAAUUUAAUAGCAUAAACAUUAUUUUGAAUCCUAUAUUGCCACUGGGGCCACACCCAUUUGAUACUGUGAUGGUUUGUUGGAGGAAGAGGCUAAAAGGCACUAGGUAUAUCAGAGUUUUGUUUGUGAAAUAUUGUGGUCUACCUUCACCCCAAAACCACAUACAAGAUUUCAGAUCUGUUUUGAAAUUCUCUCUGCUGAAAUUUACAAUCCUUCCUUUUAAGAAGAAUAUUUGAAUGUGCCUGUUGCCGCACUUUCUAGAAUCCGUCCACUUUAAGAGUAGAAUGUGACUGUGAUAUGCCUGUGGUUUUUGUUUUGGCAUGAUGGUUUGAAUUUUACCUCACUUGAAAAUCAAUGUUUGUGAACACCUUUGUCUGUAUUCAAUCUGCAGCUCCUGUAAAGGAACUCUGUACGAUGUUAGUCUGGCCCAGCAUCAUCUUGAGACACUUUUCCUUUAAGAUUGAAACACAUCUGAACUCAUUAACUGGUGUUGUUCUUUCAACUGAGCAAUGAAUGCCGAGUUUCUAGUUGAGAAUUUUUUUUCAGUUUAUAGUUCGGGUUCUUGUGCAGCAUAAUGCCAUUGUCUUGCCCAAUUUUCUUUGUGAUAUUUGACAUGCAAAACCUUGCCGCUCAUUCAGCAUAUAGCUGUUCUUGCCCGGCUUAUGCAGACAGUGUCUUUUGGUGUUAAGUUGGCAUGGCUAGAAAAGUACAUCUUACCUGAUAUAAGGCAGGAUGCAUGAUACCAUGGCCAGCAUAAGUCUUGGCAGCAAGAUAUUGAGGUGCCUAAUAUUUGCCACCCUUUCCUUGAAUAUUCUUCUUUGUUUUGGACUCCCUGUCUCAAUAUAUGAGGUAACAUUUGCAGCUGUUAUGAAGUAGAUCUUGCCCAAGACCAUGAAAUACUGAACUGUUCAUUUUAAUAGCAUGUAUGUAGUGAAGACUGAGGGCGUUGGGAAAUUUGAGGUCCAUUUCGUACAGGUGGAGAGGGGGCAUACAGAUUAAAUGAACAACCCUUAAAAGUAUGUGGAUCUUUCCCAGACAGCAUUAAGUUGUUCCUUGCUGCUGGGCGGACUAUCCUUAUAAGGGGUGACUUUAUCGCCGGUCAUCAUGCAUUACCUGGCACAGUCAGACGUCAGGUUAUGAGAAACUUUAGAGGAACAACACUUUUGUUUGUUUUAAAAAUGAGUUACAUUCCAUCGUGGUUGUGAAGUCUGAUGUAAUAACCAGGUUCAGCUGUACCUUUGCUCACUUCUUCCAUGACAUAAAGAGCUAUUGAAUUUCUUUUUACUACAAUAUAUUUCUCUUUGUGAUGUGCUAUCAUCAAUCUGUGUCAAAUACAGGGGCGGAUCCAGGAGCUGGGAAAAGGGGUGCACUACAUUUCUCAUCAAAAUUCCUUGUGUGUUCCAAUUUCAAAGAUUUUGUGUGCGUCUGGUGCACCCCCUUGGGUCAGCACCUGAAAUAAACUGCAAUGUAAAUACUCGCAAUUUGCAUAAUAAUGUGUAGAAAGUCACUGUAAAAAUUUUUAUUAUGGAUCAUUUGGCUUUAUGGUUCCAUUAUCUAGGUACUGAGAACCUGGGAGGAAAAUCUGAAAAUUUGAUGAGCUUGGUCAGGAUUUGGGUACCAGUAUUUCUGAAGGUUGCAAUUACAGUAUAGACCAUUAUUUGGCCAUUGUUCUCUCUCCAGUAAACCCAAUGUAUAGUGUGCAUUUUCAGUUAUAAUGCUCUUGCUAGUGUGUGUUGUUUAUCUUAACCAGCGUUUGAUAUUGUUUUGUUUUUUUCCAAUCAUAUUAUGACGACAUUUGUUAUAAGCCAUAUGUUGACUUCAUGUUUGUAAAUAGUUCAGAAACAGUACUUAUUAUUUGUCAUAUUUGAUUGUAGCUGCAUUUUAAAGAAUAAA